CACAAACGUGACAUUGGCGGAUUUGUGUAAACGCAAAUAGGCUAUGAAUUAAAAAAGAAGAAGAAUAUUAUUUUCAUUUAUUGCACAGAUUGUUUACUAAAAAUAUCAAUAAAUAUUAAAAUGUCUGGCAUAAAACUGGGUGGAGUUUUAAAAGAAUUACGCAUUCAUUUAUGCCAGACGAGUAAGCAAUCAGCCGGAGUACGAGAUUUCAUUCAACAAAAUUAUGUAAAUAUCAAAAAGGAUAACCCAAACUUCCCUAUACUAAUACGUGAAUGCAGCGGAGUACAGCCUCGAGUCUGGGCUCGUUAUGAAAAAGGAGUAGAACGCAGCGCUCCUCUUACUAAUUUGGGUGCAAGCGAUGUAUUGUCAACUAUCAAGCAAUUAUUGAAAUAAUUACCAUUUAUUUAUUUAAUGAUGUAAAUAUAUUAGUAUACAUAUAGAGAAAACUUAUGUUUUAAUUAAACCAUUUUGUUCAAUUCAAAAUCUUUU